GGUAUCGGAGGAUGAAUGUUUUGAAGAGCAAGACACAUACUUUUCGAAAUAUGGGCAGAUAUCCUCCUCGGAGGAUGAAUGUUUUGCAGCGGAAGAGACAUACUUGUCGGAAAAGGGACAAAUGAGCUUCUCGGUGGAAGAAUGUUCUGAAAAGGAAGAGACACGCUUGUCCAAAACUCGGCAAAUGGGCUCCUCGGAGGAUGAAUGUUCUGAAAAGGAAGAGACACGCUUGUCUAAAACUCGGCAAAUGAGCUUCUCGGAGGAUGAAUGUUCUGAAAAGGAAGAGACACGCUUGUCCAAAACUCGGCAAAUGAGCUUCUCGGAGGAAGGAUGUUCUGAAGAGGAAGAGCCAUACUUGUCGAGAAAUGCACAAUUGUCCUCCUCGGAUGAUGAAUAUUUUGAAAAGAAAUGCUUGUCAAAAAAAGGGGAAAUCAGCUGGUGUACACGUGCACCAGAUAAAGGACGUAGGGUGCCAGCGCAGUAUAUAUUGAAGAUCACUCCGGGGCCAACAAGGUUUUGCAUUUCCCAAGCCAAGGAUAUAACGUCUACAUUUAUGUCAUUCUUUCCAGGAUCGAUGGAGAAGAUCAUCAUCGAUAUGACAAACCUGGAGGGGGAAAGGAGGUUCUCCAACGACUGGCAAGAAUUAACAGCGACUGAAUUCAAGGCAUUUAUGGGUCUUUUAAUUUUGGCAGGGGGUUUUCAAUCAAGUAAGGAAUCCAUUAGAAAGCUGUGGGACAGAAAAAUGGGAAGGUGGAUUUUCCGGGCGACGAUGUCCAGAAAAAGAUUUUUUGACUUGUUACAUGUCGUCACGUUCUACAAUCCAGAGUCGAGAGCAUUGAGGGAAUCGACUGACAAGCUGGCUGCGGUCCGGGACGUAUGGGACACGUGGUCAAGCAACCUUUCCAUUAUGUAUAAUCCCGGCCGUGAUAUAACAAUUGACGAGCACCUGGUUCCCUUCAGAGGCAGCUGCCCGUUUCGGGAGAACAUGCCACACAUACCCAGCAAGUCCGGCAUCAAACUGUGGGUAGCGUGCGAUUCAAGAUCCAGCUAUUGCUGGAAAGUCCAGGUCUACACAGGCAAGCCUCCGGGGGAAGAAACGGAAGAAAACCUUGCAAAACGCGUAGUGCUGGACUUGUCGAAGGGGCUGAAGGGCCUGCCCUUCGCUUCUCCUACCCUCCUGUAG